AUGAUUCCGGUGAAGGAUUCCCAGACAACAAAUUUACAUGGUCAUUUGAGAGUGCAUCACCCGGCAGAUCAUGCUUCUUUAGCGCCACGUGCCGCGGCCUCCGCUGCUGCUACAACCUCGCAGCAGCCCUCCAUCCUGGGCGCCUUCUCAAGGGGAACCAAAUACAAGCGAGACAGCCUUCGAUGGAAGCAGUGUACCACAGCUGUGACCCGGUAUUUGUGUAAAGAAAUGGUGUCCUUCAAGACGGUGGAGAAGACCACCUUCAAAGAAAUGCUGGCAACGUUGGACAAGCAGUAUGAGUUGCCUACGCGCAAAUACUUUUCCCAAACUGUCAUCCCCAAUAUAUACAAUGAAACCAGAGCGUCGGUUGUCACCGAAUUAAAAUCGGCCUCCUUCAUUGCCCUGACCUCAGACAUGUGGUCAUCUGUGAACAUGACGCCAUACAUGUCUCUCACAGCCCAUUAUAUAAGCAAAGACUGGCAACUGGAGGCGAAGUGUUUGGCCACAUCCUUCGUCCCAGAAAAUCAAACGAAAGAUGUGCUGGCAGACGCCCUCAAAGUCGGCGCUCAAGAGUGGGGCAUAGAGGAAGAGAAAAUAUCCUGCAUCACAACCGACAAUGGUGCAAACAUUAUUGCAGCCGUCCGGGAGCUCAAAUGGCCCUGGUUGAACUGCUUUGGAUAUAAUUUGAAUGUGGCCAUAAACAAUGCACUUGACGGAGAAAAGGAUCACACUAGUCGUGCGUUUGGGGUCUGCCGGGCAAUCAACGGCGCCUUUUCGCAUAGUUGGCAACGGAAACGGGAGCUGAGCAAAGCCCAGGAUGAGCUACAACUCCCCAACCAUGCUUUGAUUACGGACUGUGCAACACGUUGGGGUUCGAAGCAGAAGAUGGCAGAGAGGAUACUGGAACAGGCCGCAGCAAUCAAGAGGGUUUUCGCAAACGACAGAAGCCGCCGUCCCCUGCCAAACCUGACGUGGCAAGAUGAAGCUGUGCUGGAGGCAGUGAACAAAGCUUUAAAACCUCUUUCUGACUUUACGGACAUACUGUCUGGCGAAAACCAUGUGACAGUCUCUUCCUUGCUGCCCACGCUACAAUUAUUGAAAGACAACGUCUUGAAGGAAGACGACGAUGACGUCCGGAUGACAUCCGUCAUUAAAAGCGGGGUGCUGCGGGAACUAGAUAACAAAUACGACAAUGAAGCGUCAUUAAAAUUAAUGCGCUUAUCUGCUCUCCUCGACCCCCGCUACAAGGGCGACCAUAUCGAUGCCGUUUCCCUCGACAGCACGAGAGUUCGAUUGGAGUCAGAGAUGGUGUCAUUCUGCAGGAGGCAGACCACCGGACAGGUAAGGGUCAGAGUGGAGGAUGUUGAGACGGAGCAGCCAGUGGCACCUAUUCCACCACCACCACCACCUAAGAAAAUAAAACCUUCCCUGGGUAGCCUUUUGAGAAAGGCGAAGCAACCUGUGACACUCACUGAGGAGCAACGGGCAAACGCAGAAGUAACAGCCUACCUGCAAGAAGAUGCACUGGAUGGGGACAGUGACCCACUCGCAUGGUGGAAGGCAAACGAGAACCGCUUUCCGUUAAUGGCCAAGAUUGCGAGUAAAUAUCUUUGUGUAUCUAGUUCACCUUCGGAGCGUGUAUUUAGCACUGCAGGCAACGUUGUCACGCCACUGAGGAGCUUGUUGAAGCCAGAAAAGGUGAAUAUGCUGGUGUUCUUGUCCAGAAACCUGUAG